AAAAAAAUGGAUACCAGGUUUUAUGAAGAAAAGCAAAGAAGACAAACAAGAUAAGGAUUCAUUUGGCACAAGCAUCUCCAACAUGUUUAAGAAAAAAGAUGAUAAAAGACGACCAAGUGCCUCAGAAGCUGAUAUUAAAGUUGACAUGACUACUUCAAGUAUCAUAGAACAAGAAUCUACAUUUACUGAGAGUUUAGAGGUCGUCAGAGAGGCGGAAAUAAACUUAGACAGUGUUGGUGAGCCUGUGAAAGUGGCAACAUUUGCUCCUGAGCUGGAGGUACCGGGUGAAAAAUGUGAGCCAGUGCCAAAAUCACCCAGGGAGAAACCUGCAUUUGACAGACUAGCUAUACUACCUCCUUUCAAGAAACUAGAGACAAGAGCUACGUCAUUGGCUACUGCAGAGGAUACUACACUAGAAGUCACACAUACUGGUGAGCAGAAGCUUGAAGACAAAACAACUUUGUCUGUAACGGUGCCACCAUCAAAUGAAACAGAAUCACACAAAGAUGAGGGGUCUAAAUUACCCACAAAUCUGUCGAAGAUGUCGGGGCUUGGUGUUCUGGGUGUUCUGUUGCAUGAGAUUAAGCUGACACAAGAGAAGAGACUUUCAAGGGCACACACCUUAGAGGAGAACUGUCACAAAUAUGUGUAUCAUCUGCAGGAUGAGAGUGAUUCACCGAAAGCCAGGGAAGUCAGCAAAAAAACUGGUGAAGAUAGUCAGAGAGAGCAUGACAUUGAGUCUUCAACCAAUGAUGCCAGGAGGGCUUCUAAAUUUAAACAGCUCCCUGAACCAGCUUCAGGGGACACCUUUAGUAAGAAAGAUCUGAAUGAUAACACUUCAGACUCGGCACCAACUAGCUUGCCUGCCAAGCCUCUACUUCCACCUCAUCAGAGCAAGAUGCCUAUGCUUGUACCCAGAACAAAACGUCCAGUGUCGACUGUUGAAGAGGGUGGACACAUUCAAGAAGUCCCAAACUCAAUGACAGCAUCAACUCCAGAGCUUUUACUUGGAGAUAGUCCUGGCAGCAAGCCACGACCCACACCGCCUGUGAAACCACGUCCGCCUGUUCUCCCUAGACCAAAGAAAAGAGAUUCUGGCAAAGAUUUUGGAGCAGAGGAGACCUUAGCUUCUGAAGGUAUGUUACCAGCAACGAUAAAGUCACCAUCAUUGGUCAUGUCACAAACAGACAUCUCAGAGUCAAACAGUUCACAAGUCUCAGAUAUAGAAUUACGCACAAAGCCGAGUAACCAAGAAGAGGGUGUUGUUACAGACUCUGCUACACUUAGGCUGUCUGUGAAAGAUAAAAUCAAAAGAUUGAGUCAGGCAAAAGGUGGGGCUGGUUCUCAAAGCCAAGCCACUCUGUCAGUUCAGCAGAAGAAUUCUUCUCUUCCUCCAGACACAAGCUUAACUGAGAACGUUGCAGAAGAAUUACAGGGAAAUGGAAAAGUGGGCUCCAGCAAGGCUGAGACAGCAACACCCGAGCAGGACAACUCUGCACCAGGAGAAGCAGCGGAGGACAAACUGGUGUGCAGCCAAACACCAGACAGUUGUCUGCUGAGUCAACCAGAUGAUGAAAUUAUGGUGUAA